UAUGGUGUAACCUUAAUUUUGUUGAUAAGCUUUGGUGUUCAUUUUUUAGCUUACAAGAGCGUGCUAUUCUUUUUUUAGGUAUCAUAUUAAACGUUUACUUACAUAUUUGGUUAGUUUAUCAGAAAUUUUUAAUAAAAAUAAUUUAAUAUUUACUUAUGCAUUACUUUGAUUAGUGUAUAACUCUACUCUUACUAAACAAAUGACAAAUAUGUCAAUACAAAAAUAUACACCUUUGACUUGUUUUGAAGAAAUUUGACAACCCUGUAAAGCUACAGCAGAAUCCUCUGACGUUGGCUUUUCUAACCAUAAAUGGACGCCAUGUGUUAAUAAACCGUUAUUGUUGGGAAAGUGCAAUAUUUUCGACUUUAAUGGAUAAUCAACUGGAUUAAUAAAAGUAGAAUUAACUGUUCGUUGAAGUGAUAAGUUUAUUCUCUCUAAAAACAAUGCCAGCUGUAGUGCCAGGUACCGCUCCUCAGCGGAAUGAGCAAAUGUGGAAAGCUCUCAAGAUCCACAUCUUAAGAGAGAGACAGAGAAAAAAGCAAGAGCAAGAGGCUGAUGCCGAAGAAGAGCGUCAGAGAAAAGAGAGAGAAACCCAGCAGAAACAAAAUGUGAUGACACUGGAAGAAACUCGAGAGCAAAUUAACACAUUAGAGAACGAAUUAACACAAUUAAAAAAUGAAAAGCAUCAAUUAUUUGUACAACUGAAGAAAGUUCUACACGAGGAUGAUAAUAGAAGAAGACUCAUCAAAGAAACUAUUAUUAGCUCAGAACCAAUGCCGAUAAAUGGAUACAUCGAUCCAGGUGCCGUUGUGCAUCCACAUUUGUAUCUGCCACUUCCUACAAGUAGUCCUCUGUAUAAAGUUUCAGCAGCCACGCCUCCUCACACAUUGAUGUCAAGUCAGGGUCCGCUAAAAAGAUCACACAGCCCAACACCACCACCACCUCCUCCAGUAUCAUCGUAUCACCCUGGCUAUGGAUACAAACCACCACUAUCAAUUGCAAGUUACAUUCCAACACCGCCUAAAUCUGAAGAUGCUGCUAGGAGGUCUGGCGAUGCCCGAGUCGUUCUUUGGAACAAGUCUCCAAAUCAGUUCCCUGGAUCCAGUUAUUAUGGACCAACUCCGACUCAAUAUGAUUUUGGACCGCCACCCACGUCGCAACCACUGCCACGUGUACCUGAGCCAGGAAAACCUGUUUACCUGACUGCUACACGUGCUCCGCUACCCACAAUCCAGACAACUCCCUAUGCCGAGGACAAAUUCUAUCCACGACCAGGAAGUCAUGUAGCAGUUCAUGGAGGAGCAAUACCAAUCCAACAACCACCACAGGGCGCCAAAACUGGCGGUAUCACGACGGGCUAUCCAGUCAGAGCUCCUCAACCACCACAAGGGCCGUAUCCGCCACCACCACCGGGCACUUACGUCAGUGUAGCCGGUGCCAAUGUACCCGGACGACUGCUCUACACACAACCGCAACCGCGCUAUCUGCAACGCGAGUAAUAAGAUAUUUUGGGCGUAAGAGGGUUGCUAUAAAUAUAUCGACUGUAACAUAGAAUUUUUAGCUUUAAGGCUGUAACAUUCGUUAUAAGCUCGAUGUAAAGUUCAAUUACGGCAAAAGAAAAAUAGAACUAAGUAUUAUGACUUUUUAAAGACUUUAUUUCGUUUGUACACAGUUUAACAAUGGAGAAUGAAAAAUGAAUGAUUUUUUUACAA